CACCUCACUCAGCUCGAUUUUAGGGGAUCAUACGGACUCCGUCCACGCUCCCGACGAUGUCUCAGUACGGAAUAAUCCGGACUUCCGCUUCCAAUGCUUCGAAUUCGAAGACGUUUAUUACCUUCUAUGCGAAGCAUAGCGUGGAAGAGUUGCUAGACAGUGCCAGCAUUGCCAUAACUGGGCUGUUGCGCGACAGGAUAAGCCGAUGUGAUACCGCUAGACCAAAAAACGGAUACAUUGCGUCUUUCCGAUCAGCCCACGGAGAAACAUGUUCCAACAUAUUAUAAUGGGCUUGACAGUCUCGUCUUUCCCAUUCUAUUUGGAAAGGGCCUCAUUCUCCCAGAUAGCAGCUUUCGUAUAACUCUGUUUACUUCUUAGGUGGCUACUAAUUAUUCUCAGAUCAUUAUCAGCCAUGAUGGUGCCAACAUCACUAAAGGCAGGUCUCUUUGUACUCCCCCAGCUACACCUGGCAUGGGCGAUGGUCUUGGCCCCUCGUCAGCAGAUCAGUUGUAGCUAUGAGUACGCUGCCAGUUCUGGGGAUACUUGUCAGUCUGUUGCGGCCGACUGGGGCCUGACUGUGCAGGCUUUGGAGUCCCUCAACCCAAAGAUUACUUGCCCGGACCUCGUGGCAGGCCAAAGUUAUUGUGUACUCGGAACUGUUUCAUCGAGUGGGCCAACUGUGAGCUCCUCAUCUCUGGCCACUUCCACUUCCACUUCUACCAUUUCCAUCGUUCCCAUACCAUCAACAACUUCCUCUUCCUCUUCUUCUUCUUCUUCGGCCCCAUAUCAACCCCAACAAACGGGCACUGCUGCCGACUGUGACCAAUUCUACCUCGUUGAGACCGGUGACUCGUGCGGAAAGAUUGAAGCCCAGUUCGGCAUCAGCGCAAGUGAGUUCCUUGACUGGAAUCCAUCUGUCAACUCGGAUUGUACCAAUAUCCUGGCGGGCUACUACUACUGCGUAGAUGUCCCCGGUGCUACGACCGGUCCAGUUACCACUACUACCAUCCCAGUGACCACAACUACUCCCGGCGAUGGCAUCACCACACCCACACCCAUCCAGACUGGCAUGACAGACAAAUGCAACAAGUUCGACCUCGUUCAAUCUGGUGAUACCUGCGAAGCCAUCGCCGCCAAAUAUGAAAUUCCCCUCGCCACAUUCUACAGCUGGAACCCGGCUGUCAGCUCGUCCUGCUCCGAUCUAGACUUGGGAUACUAUGUCUGUGUUGACACCAUUGACUACACAGUGCCCACCACGACAACCUCGGCAGGUAAUGGCAUCACCACUCCCACGCCCUAUGAGCCGGGCAUGGUAAGUGACUGCACUACCUUCUACUUUGUCCGUUCGGGUGAUACGUGCGGGAGUAUCGCUAGUACUCUAGGCAUUACAGUCGGAGACAUCGAGAAGUGGAACCCUAAGGUCGGAUCUGGAUGCAAGGGUUUAUGGUUGAACGACUACAUUUGCGUCGGCGUAUGAAGACAAAGUAUCCCGACGAGAGUGAUUGUAACGCGUGGGAGCAGCUGUGAUGGAAGGCGGGCAAAGUUAGAAACUUGAAAUAUGGCGGAAUAUGUACUAGUAGUGUGUGGACUUUCAGAGUAGCUGAGUAAAGUGGGACUAGCUAGACAGAAGGGCUUCGGGAGUAGUAGGAAAGGUGUAUCGCCAUCUGGCUGCAAUAUAGGAC